AUGAAGACUCGAUCAGCCCCGACAAAAUCUGAGAACUCUGAAAACGAGACUAAAACUAAAACUCUCGUUGCGGCAGAGAAACCGAGCAAAACGUUCAUCCUCCCAUCCGCUACCAGCGACAAUGCGCGACUCCUCUCCCUGCCAGAUCCCCAAUCGGGGGAGCUAACACGUUAUUUCUUUUGCCCGAAUCGCGGUAUAUACGAAUUUACGGUUGUUGCGCCGACAGCGCAUAUGGGGCGUAGUAUUCUGUUCACGCCACGCACGCGCGAAACUCACAGUCCGUCGGAAGGAGAGGAAAAGGAAUCCGAGCCCUCGGUGCAGGGCUCGAUCACGAAGAAAGCAGAGUUCUUAGUGGCAACUCCAGUGGAUGCGCUGUUUUUUUAUGGUCCCAUUCCGUUCGACGAUAUAAUCGACUCCCAAGACGAUAUGCCCAAGCAUCUGCGCCAAGUUCUUUACGAUGAUGAAUUCCGAGGCUCCAUCCUAGCGCGGGCGGAAGCUAUCUGUGAAGUGGUCGAGGCUGGCGAUGAGAAGAUGUUCCGAUUCAAUGAGACGAAGCUUGUUCAGGAGUUGAUCACAAAGGCAGAACGCAUGGCGGAUCGGGGUCUUCCUGCGAGUCUUGAAGAACGCUUUGUUCGCCAGACGCUAGCCACGCCCUUGAUGGCGAUGUCGCGACUAGCCAGGAGCCAUCAAACGAGGAGCCAGGAAUCGGCCUCGAAAUCAGAGGAGAGGGAUGAUUCGCCCUCGACUGUGGCCACAACUGCGACUCCAUCUGUUGCGACACCUGCAGGGGAAUCGACACCCGUGCCACAGCCACCGAGUGAAGAGUCGCCAGCUUCGGAUCACAUUACUCGACUCCUCCGAAUUUCCACUGCACUGUCCUUCAUGAAGGAGUCAUAUCUGCCCGCCACCAUGGCUUCGAGACUGGAUGAGAUCCUCGCUUCCGCAGAGAGCCCGAUCGAUUUCAAGCCGCUGAAUGACCGUCUCAAGGAGAUUGCGGACCUUCGUGCUCAAGCUCUCGCAUCACGAGACAUGUCCAACUUCAGUCGGAAGCGAGGCCUUGACGAUGAGGAAGAGGAUGUACGGGGCGAGAAGAAACGCCGCAAGGAAGAGGAGGAGAAAAAAGCCAAGGCUUCGCAAUCCCAAGCAGUUAAGAACCUGAAGAAGGUCAACACAAGCGGGAUGCAGAAAAUGAGCGCUUUCUUCGCCAAGGCUGCCCCCAAGAAGAAGACUUGA